AACACACGUCUGCUGCGUCUAGACUGUCGUACCAAAGAACAAGACAAUCCAUUAAGAAGGAAAGCAGACAUCUGUUCGGACGUUGGAGGGUUACAUUUACCCCAAAUUUCUUUUCAAAUGGGACCCGUCGCCUAGCGAAUAUUUCCCCCAGCCUCGCCGACUGAGUCGAAUUGGGCGCUACUGAACACCAGGCACGUUUGGGGCACUAAAAGGUUUCCACCAAGCACAGUGUACAGCAACCAGCAGCAGAAGAAUGGCAGCCAUUCCAGCAGGGGGUUCUCUCGUGGCGACCACUGACUACUACCGAAGGCGCAUCGGCUCUACAUCCAGCAGCAGCUCUUGUGGCAGUUCGGAGUACAGCGGAGAGGUCAUCCCUCACCACCCAGGACUCCCCAAGCAGGACUCUGGCCAUUGGUGGUCCAGUUUCUUCUUUGGGAAGCAGCCCGGGAUGACCCCACUGACUGAAGAGGCACAGCAGAAGGCGGGGGUCCCAGGUGCGGUGACGAAUGGUCAGAUCACUUGCGUUGCUAGGGAGAUGGUGAUGCAACGCCAGGCGAGUGAGGCCAGCAAUGCAGGAAGCCCCGCCCCCUCCUGAUCUGCAUUCUCACUCCGAUCCACACCGCACCUCGGGGGGAAUCGAACCAGCGACCGGCGCUAGGUGACGGGCGGAUGUCCCGUUUACAAUUUUUAUUUUUUUUUUAUUUUGUUUUUUUAAUUAUUGUUCAUCAUAAUAUAGGCUGCCUUACUUGUUUGUUUUUUUUCACUAACAAAAGAAUUGAAAAGAAAAAAAAAAACAAGAUGGUGGAACAGAUAAGGUCAUUUUUUUAACAUUUGUACUGUUCUGUGUAUGUAAUACCGUGGUCCAUACACAUUCUCAUGCCUUGGUUUUUAUUUCUGGCACCCUGUGUUGCAAAUGCAAUAAAGUAGACUCUUGCAGCCUA